AUGUCAUACAUCAAAAACUUCUGGAGCUUGUCGGAAGCGCUAAAUGACCCCAAAAAUGAUCCCGACGAGCCUGAUAUCCUGGACCCCAAUGUGCGCGAGGAGAGGCUCGAGUAUAUCUACGGCCAAAUGGCGGGCUAUCUAUUGCAACUCUCACAGCCACAACCACGCCUUUCCUGUAUUGGGUCUAUAGUCCCGACUGACCAUGGCUCCUUCUCUGUCGCAGGACGCCCUAUAUCUGUGAAUAUGAACGCGAUGAUCCGCCUCGCAAACAUCCCACCUGCAGUACUUCCACCAAAGGACAAGACGUAUAAGACUGCCGAUGACUGGUAUAUCGCGCUAGCGGAGAUGCAUAUGGCACAGCUCGUCUUUCAACAUAACGAUCUCAUUUCUACGCCCGAUGACUGUCGAAACAAAUACGUGGCACGCCAACUCUUCCUAGGACUGGCUAAGAAAGGCCUACUUUCAACCUUUGGCUUUGCGGAUGAUAACUGGUCUACCCAAUCUACAAACCAAGGCUCAAAACUUUCCCCGGCCCCUGGCGAACUGGACUCAUUCCGGCUUUGGUGCGACGAUCUUCGUGCGGGCAAUGUCCUAUUAAAUGAGGAUGAUAGUAUAGCUGCAGUCGUUGACUCGGAGUUUACUUAUGCGGGACCUACGCAGUUUACCCUCGACCCGCCUUGGUGGUUAUUACUAGACCAACCUGAGCGCUGGCCUAAUGGGAUGGAUAAGUGGAGAGAGGCUUACGACAGUCGCCUAAAAACCUGGCUACGGGCCAUGGAAAAGGUUGAGGAGAAGGUAGGGGUGGGUGCCGCGUCGCCUAGGUUGUCUACUUACAUGCGGGAGAGUUGGGAAACUGGGCGCUUCUGGCUUAACUACGCUGCGAGAAAGAGUUGGGCGUUUGAUAGCAUUUACUGGAAGUACUUAGAUGAGAGAUUUUUUGGUAACAGAGGAAGUGUCCAAAACCAUGAGUUAUGGAAGGCGAGAUUGGGUCUCUUGACUGACAACGAGAGAGCCGCUAUGGGACCAUUGUGGAGAGAAAGAUGA